UCAACUGCGCAUGCGCUACCACGUCCGUUCGGUGGCGUCCAAAGGCACCUUUAGUCAUUUAUAAACAAUAAUUCCUGUGAUCUACGUAAGUAUAGAUUUACGUGGUAACAUGUAUAGUAGCUCUAUAUAAAGCUGUUGUAUAGGUCACAUCUGACAGAAGCGCGCGCGCUUUCAGCAAGAGUUACGGAAGAAGGGGCGUUGUGUAAAUAGAGUUUUACUGCACGCGAGAGAUCAGAUUAGAUAUCUGUCGUCAGUCCGGUUUGAGGUGGAGACUGAGUCUAACGCAUAAAAUGAUCGCGUUUGUGCUGUUAAACAGACUGAGAUCCGCCGCAGCUGCGAGCUACAAACUGACGCUUACUGAUCCCGUCCGACGCGUCGCGUUCUCUCAGCGUCCAGCGCGAUUUUACAGUGCGUUCAUGGCGUCUACAGCUCCGAUCUUCAGACAGCUGUUUGAAGCUGAAAGCAGCACGUACACAUACCUGCUGGCUGACACAGACACCAGAGAGGCCGUGCUGAUAGAUCCUGUGCUGGAAACUGUGGACAGAGACCUGAAGCUCAUCACUGAGAUGGGUCUGACGCUCAAAGUCGCAGUAAACACUCACUGUCAUGCGGAUCACAUCACUGGGACGGGACUGCUGAAGAAGAAAAUGUUUGGACUGAGGAGCGCCAUCUCCAAACACAGCGGAGCCGCAGCAGACAUUCAGCUCUCAGAUGGAGACCGCAUCACUUUCGGCAAACAUAAUCUGAUGGUGUUGGAGACGCCUGGACACACAGACGGUUGUGUGACGUAUGUCACUGAAGAUCACAGCAUGGCCUUCACCGGUGACGCUCUGCUCAUCAGAGGCUGCGGACGAACCGAUUUUCAACAAGGCUGUCCUAAGAGAUUGUACCAGUCCAUCCAUGAGAAGAUUUUCAAGCUGCCUGGGAGCUGUUUCAUAUAUCCCGCACAUGACUACAAGGGUCAGACGGUGUCCACUGUGGACGAGGAGAAGAAGUUUAAUCCACGCCUGACAAAAUCACUGGAUGAGUUUGUGAACAUCAUGAACAAUCUGAAUCUGCCCAAACCCAAGAAAAUAGAUAUAUCAGUGCCUGCAAACCUGGUCUGUGGACUUCAUGAUGUUUGAAUGUGAAGAGCCGAAGAAUAUGAUGAACAUGAUCUGAUUUAAUUCUGAUGUUUUACUACUACAGCACACAUACAUGUUUUACAGUUAUUGCCUUUAAACCAGAUGGAGAUUAUUGAUUCAUUGGUUGAGCUGGAGUGAUGCAGGAUUGAAAGGAGUGAAGAGUGAAUCACAUUAUGUCUUUAUCUGCCCGACAGAAGAAUGAUUUAGACUCAUCAGAUAUUAUUCUUUAUAUCAGCCCUGAAUCACACAACAUAAUGAUAAAUAUUCCUCUUCUCUAUGGGACACAAACACUUUCACCUCAGAAAUGAUUUUAUGCUUGAGAUAAUCAGAGUGCAACUGCAAUCUUUAAUGUAAUUUGUAAUCUUGACUAGAUGUAAAACUAAUGUCAUGAUUUCUUAAGGGAACUGUCAAAUAAUGCAUAUUUAAUCUUUGUAAUAAAUAGUUUUGUGAAACAA